AUGCGAUUCCUGGGUGACAAGUCAAAAAAGAAGGAGCUGUCACCGAGGGAGGCUUACUAUCCUCAUUGGUUUCUCUGUAAUCCUGCUGACGUCGAGGGAAAAUGCGGCAACACCCUGGAGACCGUGCUUCGUUCGGCCCUCGAAAUUGCCGCCUCGGACGACCUGCGUUUCGCGCUCUGGGACCAAACUCCCGGUCGGGACGUUUUCUACAUUGUUGAUCCACAGACAGUGUCCACUCGGUCAGCCUGGGUGGUGCACCUGCGAGACAUUCAACGCAUGCAACAGCAGUUACUCAUGGCUCUGGAAGACCCCACCCGAUUCGCUAGCACCAGUGGCACGAGUGAACACUGGGACUGGGAACUGUCGGGUAUCUACGACCAUGCUUGUCGAGUUGACUUUCCUGAGAACAGUUCAUCUUCGCGUCUACGAUUUUACAACAUUUGA